GUAGUUACUACCAUAUUAAGCUUAAAAAGAAUCCAAUUGAAAUAGAUUACCGUUUACUAACUUUUUAGUGAUAUCACUUCUUUUCUUGAAAUUCAUAGAACCUUGGUACGGUUUUCAAAUUGCCGCCAAAUUCUCUUGUUCGCGUUUGACGUGUCUAUGAAGAGCAAAACGACGGGUUCAUAGCAUAUGAAUUCUUUUUUUAAUUAAGAAAAUGACAGAAAAAUAUUUUUUUCCAAACGAAAAGGAAUAUGAUGUGAAUGACUAUGCAAACUUUCAUUUUGGGACUGAAAACGACAACCAUGCUUCCAUGUCUCAGAAAGAAAAUCCUCAAAACUUGGUUUCUGAUAGAGGCUCAAAUAUACAUCCUUCUUCUGUCGCCUCUACUUCCUUAAUUCCCGACGUUCCUUCAUUGAGUCCGAACUUUCACAAUCUUCAGCAACAUGUCUCUACUCCUUAUGGUGAAAUGGCCAUGCCGGUUCCCUCUUCUGCUGGUAUGGCUGUAGUAGCCCCAGAAGGACCCGAAAGCAAUGUGAAUGAAGUCCCUAUGACUUUUAAUAGAACUAUCACUCAGCCGAAUACAUCUAGGUUACGUGACACGUCUUCUCGUUACCGAGCAUCCAAUAGUUCUCGAAAAUCAAUGUACAAUGAAGAUGAGUUAGAUGACGAAUCUGACUUGUCGGCUUCGAUGAUGCAAGAUGAUUUUCAAGUAGAAGGCAUGAAAACCAAGUCCGGUCGUAAGAUUCAACGGCCCGUUACGUAUAAUCCAAGUGCAGCAUCUCUAAAAAAAAGGACAAGAAAGGCAGAUUUGGUUUCGCUGUGCAUAGUCUGCCACAGGGGUCAUUCUCCAGCUUCUAACCAGCUGGUUUUCUGUGACGGUUGUAAUAGUCCUUAUCACCAGCUUUGUCAUCAACCUCCUAUUGAUGAUUUGGCAGUUCAGAUUGAAGAUUCUGAAUGGUACUGCAUGAACUGCCAGUAUAGUCGGGCAAAACAGUUUCCAUUGGAAACUGGUGCUACUUCACAAGUAUUAGGCUUGGAUGCACAGCAAUUGCGUGCAUACUUUUUGAGCCUACCAGUUCCACAUUUAGUAGAUCUAAUAUUGCUUUAUGAGAAAUCUUUCCCUGAUCUACGCAUCUAUAGUCCUCAAACACGCGAAAACUUGGGUGAAAUCCGUCGACAAGUGCUCAUCAGUGCCGAACGGAAUCAAAGCACUUUACAAGAAAAGAAAAACGCCAAGCAAGAUGAAGUAGCUUUGGAUCUUCCCCCUCAUGUACCAUACACUACUGAGUAUGUAUCCCGUUCCGGCAUUCUUUAUGAUUAUCCGACUAUUUUACGACUUGCAAUACGAAACGUGGAUGUUCCUUCAAAGGAAAACAUUUUCGCCUGGAUGUCUGAUCAUUUGCCUUUAACAAUUUCGUUCCGUGAAAGUGCCUCUGAUGCUCUACGAUGGAUGGUAACCCAUGGACAGCUGGUUCGCACAGGAUAUCUCUAUCAAAUUACUAGUGUAGAUGAUUUUUUUUCUUUACGCCCUUCGUUGUUACCCACAUUUCAAAAAAGAAGGAAAGUACCAAAAGUUAUGCCGAUGUCUUAUCCAACGGAUGAAUCCCAAAGCCUUUCUUUCACUGUAUUGUAAUUUAAUGGAAUAUUAAUGUAUAUUAAACUGUUUUGUCUUUGUUGAUUGAGUUCUAUUAUCAAAAUAUUAUUGUUGAUAAUUUAUCGCCUAUGGCACUAUAUGGCUACCGCGUCCUUACAAAGAAGCCUUAAUAAGUUUCGUAAGUUUUAGCUUUCAAAUCUUCUUUCAAUUGCUUUUUUUCUCACUUGUCCAAAUGAAUAGUGGGGCAUGUUAAAAGGACACACACCGUCGAAAAGGGCUUAAAAGUAAAGUUUAUGCUGGGUUGAGUACUAGUUAGAUUCCACAGGUUCUCGGUAUCGCACCUUCUAAACUAUAAUCUGACUUGUUCUCAUUGUAAUUAGUUACAAGUGAGUAAGUAUUGGUCCGCACCAAAGUAAUAUAAGGAAAGAGAAA